GUUAAAAAAGAAGCAAAUGGAUGCACCACAAAUUCCAAAAGAAUAUCUCAAAGAACAGAAUCAAUGACCACAGAUAUCUUACUCUGCAAUCAUGUAGUCUCUGUUCACCACAUAACCCCUCAAAUUCAAAUAUCCAAACAAGCCAAGCCAAUCUCCACCAUAGCCAAUAUCAUCAUCUAGGACCAGACCUGCCUGGUGAGUCUUAAGCUUCAUUUUUAUAUCUCUCUAAACUUGUUUCUUUUUUACUCUCUCACUAUCAAUUCAUCAAGAAACUAUCAUGCAAAACUGAACCCAUUUUUUUUUUGUCUCUUGAGAUUGUCACUCUUAUGCUUAGUCUUUUGUCUCUUAUAGCUUACUUCCAUGGCUGUGUUAAUACUUAGCUCUUCGAGUAUGUGUUGUAGUUGUAUCGAUUAUAGUAUUGCUUUUAGUGAGCAGAAUAGGUUGUCUGAUUUCAGACAUAAAAAUGGGUCAUUAGGAGGUGAAAAGUUUGGAACUUUGAGGGUUUUCCCGUUUGGGUCUAAUGUAAAUUGGAAGAAAAAUAACAAAAAACAAGUGGCUUUUUGUGGGUUUGCAUUGAAAAGCCAGAAUGAGGAGCUGGUGGUGAAUGGGAAGCCGAGAAAGGGGUCAUCUUCUGAUGAAGUUUUGGGAGUUCUUCACUCAAUUUCAGACCCAAUUCAUGCUCUUUUUUACUUUAAAUCAGUUGGUGAGUUGCCAAAUGUUGUUCACACCACUGAAACCUGUAAUCAUAUGCUUGAAAUAUUGAGGGUUCAUAGGAGGGUGGAGGAUAUGGCUUUUGUGUUUGACUUGAUGCAAAGGCAAAUAAUUAGGAGGAAUGUGGAUACUUAUUUGAUUAUAUUUAAGAGUCUUUUUAUCAGGGGUGGCCUGAGGCAAGCACCGUCUGCCCUUGAAAAGAUGAGGGAGGCAGGGUUUGUUUUGAAUGCUUAUUCAUAUAAUGGGUUGAUCCAUUUUCUACUUCAGUCUGGAUUUUGUAAGGAGGCGUUGGAGGUGUAUAGAAGAAUGGUCUCGGAAGGUCUUAAACCUAGCCUUAAGACGUUCUCUGCACUUAUGGUAGCAUCAGGGAAGAGAAGGAAUAUUAAAACUGUGAUGGGUUUGCUGGAAGAGAUGGAGAGUAUGGGAUUGAGGCCUAAUAUUUACACAUACACCAUUUGCAUUAGAGUACUUGGGAGAGAUGGGAAAAUUGACGAAGCAUAUAGGAUUAUGAAGAGAAUGGAUGAUGAUGGAUGCGGUCCUGAUGUCGUCACUUACACAGUUCUCAUUGAUGCUCUUUGUACUGCCAGAAAGCUUGACGACGCUAUGUGUUUGUUCACAAAAAUGAAAUCAAGCAGUCAUAAACCUGAUAAGGUAACCUAUGUAACCUUGUUGGACAAGUUCAGCGAUUGUGGACACUUGGACAAAGUGGAAAAAAUUUGGACUGAAAUGGAAGCUGAUGGUUAUGCUCCUGAUGUGGUUACGUUUACCAUACUUGUUAAUGCCUUAUGCAAAGCUGGUAGAAUUAAUGAAGCCUUUGAUCUGUUGGAUACCAUGAGAAAGCAAGGGGUCUUACCAAAUCUCCAUACUUACAACACAUUGAUUUCUGGACUUUUGAGGGCAAACAGGUUAGAUGAUGCAUUGGAUCUUUUCAGUAAUAUGGAAUCUCUGGGUGUUGAACCCACUGCUUAUACAUAUAUCCUUUUAAUUGACUACCAUGGAAAGUCUGGUCACCCUGGAAAAGCUCUCGAGACCUUUGAGAAGAUGAAAGCUAGAGGAAUUGCUCCUAACAUUGUUGCUUGCAAUGCAUCUUUGUAUAGUCUUGCUGAAAUGGGAAGGCUUGGUGAAGCAAAAGCUAUGUUUAACGAGCUUAAAAGUAGUGGGCUUGCUCCAGAUUCAGUGACCUAUAACAUGAUGAUGAAAUGCUAUAGUAAGGUAGGGCAAGUGGAUGAAGCCAUCAAGUUACUAUCUGAGAUGUCAAAAGUUCAGUGUGAACCCGAUGUAAUCGUCAUUAAUUCUUUGAUUGACACACUUUACAAGGCUGGCCGAGUGGAAGAGGCAUGGCAAAUGUUUUGCAGAAUGGAGGAGAUGAACCUUGCUCCUACAGUUGUGACCUACAACAUAUUACUAGCUGGAUUAGGGAAAGAGGGUCAAAUCCAAAAAGCUGUUCAGCUAUUUGAGAGUAUGAAUGGGCAUGGGUGUUCACCAAACACAAUUACUUUCAAUACACUCUUGGAUUGCCUUUGCAAGAAUGAUGAGGUUGAUUUGGCCCUGAAAAUGUUCUACAAAAUGACAACAAUGAAUUGCAGACCUGAUGUUCUAACUUUCAACACAAUCAUUCAUGGUUUUAUUAAACAAAACCAAAUUAAAAAUGCAAUCUGGCUCUUCCAUCAGAUGAAGAAAUUGCUCAGACCUGAUCAUGUGACUUUGUGCACGCUCCUUCCUGGUGUUAUAAAGAGUGGGCAGAUAGAGGAUGCUUUCAGGAUCACUGAGGACUUUUUUUAUCAGGUUGGAUCUAACAUAGACAGGUCAUUUUGGGAAGAUGUUAUGGGAGGCAUUUUGACUGAGGCUGGAACAGAAAAGGCCAUUUUAUUUGGUGAAAGAUUGGUAUGCCGUGCUAUUUGCAAGGAUGACUCUGUAUUAAUACCUAUAAUUAAGGUUUUGUGUAAGCAUAAGAAAACCUCUGUUGCUCGAAAUGUAUUUGUGAAGUUCACAAAGGAACUGGGAGUGAAACCAACACUCAAAGUGUACAACUUGUUGAUUGAUGGGUUUCUAGAAGUUCAUAAUGUUGAAGUGGCCUGGAAUCUUUUUGAGGAGAUGAAGAGUGCUGGCUGUGCUCCAGAUACAUUCACCUACAAUUCUUUAAUUGAUGCUCAUGGGAAGUCUGGGAAGAUCAAUGAACUUUUUGAUCUGUAUGAUGAAAUGCUAACUAGGGGAUGCAAGCCCAACACCAUAACUUACAACAUGGUCAUCUCCAAUCUAGUGAAAUCUAAUAGAUUGGACAAGGCUAUGGAUUUGUAUUACAAUCUUGUUAGUGGUGAUUUCUCUCCCACUCCUUGUACCUUUGGCCCCCUUAUAGAUGGACUUCUGAAGUCAGGGAGACUUGAUGAUGCACAUGAAAUGUUUGACGGGAUGGUACACUAUGGAUGCAGGCCUAACAGUGCUAUUUACAAUAUUCUUGUAAAUGGUUAUGGGAAAUUGGGUCAUGUGGAUACUGCUUGCGAGUUCUUUAAAAGGAUGGUCAAAGAAGGGAUAAGACCAGACUUGAAGUCUUACACCAUUCUUGUUGAUAUCCUAUGCAUCGCAGGGAGAGUGGAUGAUGCUUUGCACUACUUUGAGAAACUAAAGCAGGCUGGCCUAGAUCCAGACUUGGUAGCUUAUAACCUCAUGAUUAAUGGGCUUGGACGAUCACAAAGGACAGAAGAAGCUCUAUCUCUUUUUCAUGAAAUGCAGAAUAGAGGGAUCGUGCCUGAUCUUUACACUUACAAUUCCUUGAUACUCAAUCUUGGGAUUGUUGGAAUGAUAGAGGAAGCAGGGAAGAUAUAUGAAGAACUACAAUUUAUAGGCCUUAAACCUAAUGUGUUCACCUAUAAUGCUCUUAUUCGUGGAUACACCCUCUCUGGAAAUUCUGAACUUGCCUAUGGCAUCUACAAGAAGAUGAUGGUUGGUGGUUGCGACCCCAAUACUGGAACUUUUGCUCAGCUUCCUAAUCAAUCCUGACCCUUCAAAGAUGCUCAACUGGUCAUGCGUUCACUUGGCUGUUUAUCUUUCCACUCAAGUUUUACUGGGUAUUACUUCCAUCUAAACUAAUUCAUGAAUAUCCCAAAUCUAAAAGGGAACUUUACCCUGACUUGAUGGUUUUGUUGAUGGUUAUAAGCGCUUAAAUUUUUCUCAAGAUUUUGUGCAUGCUGAGUAGCAUAUGUGCAAGCCUGGGCAUUCCAAAUUUACCUUAGCCAUCCUUCAUUGCAGAUUCAGUGAAGUUUUCUUUUUGUAGAGAGAUCAAGAGUACACGAUUAUAUAUUCAGGUUGCAACCCAGGUGCGUUCAAGGCCAUCUAAUCUGUUGUCCAUGAAAACUGUGAAUAUUUAACCCCUACAACGAUGCAUUAUGUAAAAUCUUCAAAUACAUAGUACAGUGAUUUUAUUUGGUAAAUGGCAUAGUAUUCUUGUAUCAAGUUGAGCUGUUUGUACUCGCCAUUCAGCAUACAAGAAAUUUUUGUAAGCUUUUCUGUAUCUUGACAUGCCUUAUUUCGAAUGAAAAUUAUGCAUAAAUAGGCAAUGUACUUCAUGAUA